AUGGACUCGGACAUUCCAGAAAACUUCCAGAAAGAACUCACCUGUGCCAUCUGCCUGAAUUACUUUACAGACCCAGUCACCGUGGGCUGUGGGCACAGCUUCUGUUGUUCCUGUCUCUAUGUUUCCUGGGAUAAAGAAGAAAGCCCUCCCUGUUGUCCUGUGUGCAGGGAACCAUCGGAGCAGAACAACUUCAAAACCAAUGUUAUCCUGAAAAAUCUGGUGUCCAUGGCCAGAAAAGCCAGUUUGCGGCAAUUCCUGAGCUCUGAGGAUAAUAGAUGCGGGCUGCACCAGGAGUCAAGGCAGAUCUUCUGUGAAGAUGACAGAAGCCUGCUCUGUUUGCACUGCUCCAGCUCUCAGGAACAUGAGGCCCACAGACACUGCUCCGUGGGAGAGGCUGCUGAGGAACACAGGAGAAAACUCUCUAACCAAAUGAGAUCUUUAUGGGAAAAGAUUCAAGAAAUUAAAAAAACUCUCAGUAAAGAUGGGAGAAUACCUGUCUUUUGGAUGGCUUAUCUCUAUGGACGCCAAAAUGAAACCAGGGCUUUUUAUGAGGCACUCCAACUGGUUCUACAAGAAGAAGACAAAAAAAAUUUAGAGAGACUUAUUGAGGAAGGAUCAAAAUUGUCUGAGCAACUGAAGAAAUAUCAAGCUGAAAUGAUUGAAAAGAGCAUAAACCUAAGAGCAAUGUAUGAUGAGCUCAUGGGCAUGUGUCUAAAACCAGAUGAAGAGAUGCUCAAGGAACUAGAAGACAAACUAAGAAGGAGUGAGCAGGUGCAGCUGCACAUGCCUCAGCCUCUGCAGCCAGAACUCACUGCAUGUCCCAUCACUGGACUGAUGGAAAGGCUCAACCCCUUCCGAGUGCAAGUUUCCUUCACUGGUGAAAUAACCCCUGAGAAUAUACGGUUGUUUGAUGACGUGAGAAGUUUGAGGUUUAUGGGUGAUGGUCUACAUGUGUCUCUGGAUCCUGGAACAUCUAACUCUUUUGCUGCAUGGGGAAACCGUGUCUUCAAGUCUGGCAAGCAUUAUUGGGAGGUGUAUGUGGACAAGUCUUGGGACUGGGCUGUAGGGGUAUGUAAGGAACCCUGGAUGGAGACGAAUGGCACAUUGACUGAAUGUAAGGACACGUUUCUUCUUAUACAUGUGAAGGAGGAUGAUCAUACAACUCUCUGGAGCACUGCCCCGAUGGCUCGUCAAUACAUACAGAAACCUCUGUCCAGGGUCGGUGUGUUCCUUGAUGUUGACAAUAGAACUGUAAGUUUUGUGGAUGUUGCGAGGUGUUCUCUCAUUAAGCAUUCCUUCAUUAGGCAUUCCCCAUUUCAGGAUUAUGUAG